UGCAUUUCUGCCAGGGAUCAUCCAAGUCUUAUCCUGUCAACCGUAUUUAUGAAUCUAAGUACUUUUGGGUAUAUCAUGGCCGAGGCGGACCUAAACCUUAACUAGAAAGUCCAGAACAUCCUUCGUACUCGUGUACCCAAUGACCUCUCCAGGGAACGCUUGCACAGAGUACGCUUCAGCUUGCCGUGCCCUGUGUCUGUACCGCUUCCGCGGAUCCCCUGGACAUUCCAUGAAGCCUGCAGGAUUCAUGAUUCGGAGAGUUAAAAGCCUGCCAUCCCCCAGACCCGUGCUGUUGUUGCAACCUUUUACCCCGUUGUUGGUUUUCUAUCCUCUAUUUCCUUUCAAUCUAUUACCAAGACGUCUCUAGAACCUCGCACUUCUCUCAACAGAGUUUCUAGCCAACAUGCCUAUGACUUGGAAGGAAACCCGACCUGGGCGUUGGGAACGUCCUCUCUCCAGUUUGGAGAAGAUCAACCUAGUAAACCGUAAUGUGGAUAAGGCUCUCGACCGUGAUCAAUGGGCAAAGACAGCAGCUGCAAAGCUGACUUUCGAUCCCUCUAUUGGAGACCCAGAGACAGCACUGCGGAUAGCAUGGAAGCAAGUUCGUUACAACUACCCAGAAAUCGCCGCAUUCCCCUACCAGGACACAUACAUGUACAGAAUCGGCAACCCAGACCAAGUGGCUCUAUGGGUGUCUGCAACGUUUUCGACUUGCCCCAACACUACCGUUGAUCACUUGCUCGGCCACAUUCCCCGUAACGAGCAAAUGGGCCUUUACUGGCUUCCUGAUUCUUCAGAGGUCCUGAUUCGGUCUCCACACUACCGUCUUGACGGGCGAGGAGCCAUCUUCUGCCUGGAUUACCUUGUGGAGUCUCUGUCGAAUCUUGAUCCCGUUCUCGUCUUCGGCGGUUGUGCGAAGAACCUAUCCCCCAGCAUCGACGACGCCCUAGACAUCCCCCUGCAGGCCACACCACGGAUCGAGCAAGCAGCAGAGAAGCGUUUGGCAACACUCAAGCCCCGACAUCCACCCCUAUUCAUGAAGGACACUCCCAAGUCCCGCCUGCCUGGCGUGACCCGACGCAACUUCAUAAAACUCUCCAUCAAAGAGUCCCGAGCCGUCAUCAAAGGCUGCAGUUCGAGCUCUAUGGACCUCACCACCGCACUCCACGCUGCCCUCAUCACAGCUGUGACCAAAGUCUGCCCGCCUACCGAAGUCCAGAGCUUCAUGGCAUCCUUCCACUGCGAUCUACGCUUCCUCAUCCGCAAGCCCGUCUCCACCAGGACGGCGCCCACAAGCUGCACCAGCGUGCUGACCACCGAAGUCGAAGUCUCACCCCAGACCGACUUCAAGUCGUACUACUCACAGCUCGCCCCGGUGUACGCUACUGGAUACGGGCCUUACCUCGAAUCCACCGCUUGCUACCACGAGAAGCUAAUCCAGACCCACUACAGCAAGAGCAAGACCGCAGGCGCAGCACACCCUCCCGACAGCGACCCACAGCCGCGCUUCGGGCCCCUCGGCAUGAUCGACCACCAGCUCCGCAAGGACGUCAAGAACGCAGUGCGCGUGACGGACUUCUGGUUCGGCGGCGAGACGCUGACGAGGAGGAAGAUGGUGCACAGCUGGAUGUGGGACGGUCAGAUUGUAUACAGCUGCUGCUGGAACGACAACUACUGGACCGAGGAUGUCGUUGUGGAUUUCUUGGAGAAGAUCAAGGAGACGUUGAUCGAGGAGUUUCAGUUGGUGAAUGGCAUGUCUGGGUUGGGUCUGUAAACGGCUUACUCCAGUGUUGGCGAGGUCUCUGUGUUAUCAUGGCGUUUUUAGGCGCCUGCAUAGGUUUGCGUUCUCAGAGUUGGAAUGACUUGUAUGAAAAUCUGUG